AAUUUGAGGGCCUGAGGCGGAGGGUGGCGGUCCAGCGCUGGAGUCCGCGAGUCGGGCUGGUGUGCCGCCAGGCGCGGGGCGUGCGGCGAGCAGAGCCGGCAGGAGCGCGCCGGGCAGCUGCCGCCGCCGUCCCGUGCGCGGGCGGCAGGAUGGAGCUGAAUUCCCUGCUGCUGCUGUUGGAGGCAGCCGAGUACCUGGAGCGUAGGGACAGAGAGGCCGAGCACGGCUACGCCUCCGUGCUGCCCUUCGACGGCGACUUCGCCAGGAAGAAAACAAAGACCGCUGGCCUGGUGCGCAAGGCCCCGAACAACAGGUCUUCACACAACGAACUAGAAAAGCACAGACGAGCUAAACUCAGGCUCUACCUGGAACAGCUCAAGCAGCUGGUACCCUUGGGCCCUGACAGCACACGCCAUACCACUCUGAGCCUCCUGAAGCGUGCCAAGAUGCACAUAAAGGUAUGGACUCACAGGUUAAGUGGCAAAGUGGCAGUAGCUUUAAAAGUUAUAUCCAAGGCCCUGGGGUUUUAUUGGACAGCAGUGUCUCAGAAACUGGAGGAGCAGGACCGCAGGGCACUCAGCAUCAAGGAGCAGCUGCAGCGGGAGCAUCGCUUCCUUAAGCGGCGCCUAGAGCAACUAUCAGUGCAGAGUGUAGAGCGUGUGCGCACUGACAGCACUGGCUCUGCUGUGUCCACGGAUGACUCAGAGCAAGAGGUGGAUAUAGAGGGCAUGGAGUUUGGCCCUGGGGAGCUGGACAGUGCUGGCAGCAGCAGUGAUGCCGAUGACCACUACAGCCUACAGAGCAGUGGCUGCAGCGACAGCAGCUAUGGGCACCCUUGCAGGCGGCCUGGCUGCCCUGGCCUUUCGUAGGCUCUGUGUCUUUUGCUUCUUGGCCCACCUGCCUGCCCACCUAGCCAAGCGUCUCAGCCUUCCAGUCCUCCCUUAACUGAAGCCAGCCUCGUCAUGAGCCUACUGCUGUGCCAUUCUCGAAGCUACAGCUGCUGCCUGGUCUGCCUGCCUCUGCCUGCCCACCCUUUGGUCAGGACUCAAACUGCCUGCCCUUGUCUGCAGGGCAAGAUCCCACACAGGGAAGCAGGGUCAGGCUCUCACAUGUGGAGCCCAGCGUAGUCACCCACAAUCUGUUCUCAGAUUCCUAAUCAUUCCAGAAGUAUUAAACGUCAUUGCUGCAAAUCUCGGCAGGAUCCGUGUAGGGGCCUUAAUGACCACCAUAGGGAGCUUGAACCUCAGCAUUGGAUCCCAGGAUUAAGGAGUGGACUGAAAAGGAAGGAAGGAAGGAAGGAAAGAAGGAAAGAAGGAAGGAAGGAAGGAAGGAAGGAAGGAAGGAAGGAAGGCAGGCACAGCUGUCCAUCCAUUCAUCUGCCCAUCUACCUGUUGGUCCACACAAGCUCCUGAGGUGUGUGGACAGAGGGAUUUGUGAAGGGCAGGACUCGGGUGGGCAUCUGAAGCAGAUGGGUGGAAUCCUUUUCCAUGGUGUCAGGAGCCAGGGGAAUGCUCCUGGGGCCACGUCAUACCAACUCUGGUGACUUCUGCUCUAUUAGGACCAUCAGAUGUAUACACACACCUAGACCCAUACCCACAGUCACAUAUACACAGACAUGUGGACAUCAGAAAAUGUAUGUCCUGAGAUAGUUGGCCUGAGUUCACUUGGAAGUGAUGGUCCCUAGCCUAUGCCUGACUCUCAUUCAGGCCCCUGCUCACCUGUGCCAGCCCAGAUGACUGUGUAGUCAGCACAGGAAAUAGAUAGGGCUUUUCUUCCUGGCAGGGGACUGGAAUAAGCUGAGAGAAGAGCUGAAACCACUGGGUUCUCCAAGCUUUUUCAUCUCCCUUUCUUAAGAAAAGAAAAAAAAAAGUCUGACAGGGAGCUCCCAGAAGGGGCCUCACAAGCCCUGCCCAGGGCAGCCUCAGCUGGCAGAGGCUUUACCCAAAACACAAAACAGAAACAUUUUUAAAAAGAGAAAGAAGCUCUGAAGACUCGCCAAGGGCCAUGAGUGUGUGCCGCCUCUAUUUCCUGUAUGAGAUUUUUGUACUCUAUUUUCCUAGCCAUUGUUGUGUCCUUGUUUGCUGAGGGGUGGGAGCGACCCAGUGUCUCAGGGACCCAUCCUCUGUCACAUGGUCAUAGUGUGCCUUGUGUCCCCUGUCUCACCCUGCCCACUGCCAGCAACAUGCCCCUGUGGCUUAUGGGAUGCGCAGGCCUGAUGGUAGGUCUCCCUCCACCCACACCCACUGCUUUCCCACGGGUAGCCUCUCUCAGCAGCUGCAGCCUCCUGAGAGGGACGUGCAGGCCCAUGUAGCUCCCGUGGAAGAUUUUUGUAUCCUGCAGGGCUUUGACCUGGCCUCCAGUGGUGCCUCCCUGGUAACUGGCAGGGUGACUGCACCUGAAAGUUUGGGGACAGCAGGCCUGCUGGCCUGGAGUGUCAGCCAUGGGCAGCUGAUAAAUACAGUUCUUCUGGAGGUGGUCCAGGCCUGGCUAGGAGGCUUCUGUUGGCCUUUCAGUACUAGAAGACCUCUCUAGAGGCACCACACAGCAAUAUUUGGGUAGUGGUCAUGGGCUGGCCCACAACAGCGCCUGCCACCACCUCUGGUGCAUUUGUAAACAAUUUCCACACUGUGGGGAAAAAUUCUUGUUUAUCUUCAGUCAUGCCAGUGAGCAUCCUCUGGUGGGUGGCCUACUGAUAGGCAGAAUGGAGUUCCUGGAAACAGCUCUUGGCAUAGAACCUGCCCUAUGGGUACUCAAGAUGACAGGUGGACUGCAGGCCUGGGUAGGAGUUCAUGAAAUAGAAGGAUAGCCAACAUCUUAGUAAGCUGGUUCUGCCUACAUUUUCAGCCCAACAGGGGCCUCCAGUGUCUGCCUAAGCAUGUCUCUGGACAUUUGUUUUGAGUAUACACACCCUUAGCACAGGACAGAGCUAUGUUUAAAGCCCUUGCUUCAGGGCCCCAGAACUCCAGGGUUCCUGAUGUGCCCUGAAUUCUUGUAUCAUCAACCCCCUGCUCCAUCUCCAGCACCUUAGAUUCUGCUUCCCCCCCGCUGCCAGCAGAGUCCACUCCUGGUGACCAGAGUGGCCCCCCCCUUGGCUGAAAUUUGUGGCAGCUCAGCCCUUUGCCUUUUCAGGCUAUGGUUUCCAUGUAGCCUGGGAGUUGGCCUCCUCAGUCACCCAGGGGUGCUAGCCAGCUGCCCCUCCCACUAGCAGACAUGUGAGGGGUGGUCCAUAGGCAUGGGGGCUGGUGCUAAGAAUUACAUAUCCAUUACUCCUUCUCCUACUCUCUACCAUUUGCACAGUAUGGCCGUUACUAGUGGCCAUAGGAUUCAGCCAAGGCUAUUGUGUGUCUGUAGAAUGAAAUCUGGACCAAAAUAGCUGCUGCUUAUGUCCUCCAUCUGCACCUGUCCAUGCGAGCCAUGUGGUGCUCCUUAACAGAGUCUAGAACUCCAGGCUCAGGGUUGGGUCCUUUACUAAGAGGUGGUCCAGAUGUACCUGACCCACUGUCCUGCUGCAGGCCCAGCUGGUCUACCAGGAGAAAACACAGAGGUUUUGUCUCUAUCUAGACCCUGAGCCUGCCUCUGCAGUCCUACCCUGCAGGCACUUGAGUUUGCCUUCCGAGGCAGAUGGAGUUGUGCACCAAACUGUGGCUGGACAACCCUACCCUUCUGUGUGCCCCAAGCCUUCCUGCCACUUUUGGGUCAGUUAGCCUACUACCCCUCUGUCUGCACAGAGGGUCUUGACCCCAGGCCAGCAAGCAAGUUAGCUCAGGCCUCUAAACUAGGGCACUAGGGCAGGUUCCGUGCCAGAGUUUGGGGCUACAUAAGGGGCCUGGUGCCAUGCAGUGGGUAAGUUAUGAGACCUGAGCUGCAGAGUGGAAUGGGACCCCCAUCCCACCUGUCUAACAGAUGGGGCUGUGCUGUGUCAUUCUGUCAUUGUAAUAUAAAUACAGAUUUUUAUACCUCA